UUUGAAUCCUGAACAAAACGUGACUACCAGCAAAGAGGAGAGGAAGUCAAUAUUUACUACAAGAAAUAACUCCCUGGUGUCUACUCUGUUAUCUUUAAAACGUAUUUUGAUAUCAAGUUUCAGUGAUCCAGGACUGUGGCAUAUUCCUACAUUUUUCGAGUGUGUGAUUGAAUAGUGUCGCUUGAUAAAUUGGGAAACUAUGGGUAAAACUAAAAAGUUGAAACCAUCCCAAAUCGCUUCCAAAGUGUCGUUGGAAAAGGAUAUCGAACAAACCAAGUUUGCCCAGUCCAAAAACCGUAACAAACUAAGGAAAAGGCAAGAUGAGGAGGAACAGUUUGUUGAAUCUAAUUUAUCAAAUAAAAUAUUGAAAAUGGCAAGAGAGCAACAAAGGGAGUUGCAACCUGAAACUAAAGAUGAAGCUAGUUUUAAAACAAACCUUGAGAGUCAGGAAAGUUCAGAUUCAGAGGAUGAUAUAGUGUAUCCUCAGGAAAACUUUUCUAUCGACAACAUACAAAUCACCGAAGAAGAUGAAGAAGCUUUGAAACAGUUUAUGUCUUCUGAUCCGAAAAAGAGGCGUACAUUGGCUGACAUUAUAAGGGAUAAAAUUACAGAGAAGAAAACCGAAUUAGAAUCACAUUUUAGCGAUAAUGGUGUGCAACUGCUAGAUGUAGAUCCUAGAUUGGCUCAAUUAUUUGUAGGAAUUGGAGAGGUUUUGAAAAAGUACAGAAGUGGAAAAUUACCAAAAGCAUUCAAAGAAUUGCACAACCUCGAGAAUUGGGAGCAACUCCUUAAUCUAACUGAUCCCCCCAGCUGGUCUGCUGCCGCAAUGUUCCAAGCCAUUCGAAUUUUUUCUUCUAAUCUUAAUGAAUCAGAAGCUUGUAGAUUUUAUAGUUGGGUGUUGCUACCUAGGAUAAGAGAUGACAUAGCAGAAUAUAAAAAACUUAACUUUCAUCUUUAUCACGCAUUGGUUAAAGCUCUUCGUAAGCCAAUAGCUUUCAUGACAGGAAUUAUUGUCCCUCUUUUAGAAAGUGGUGAUUGCACACUUAGAGAAGCCAUAAUCGUAGGAUCUGUUAUCCAAAAAUAUUCUAUACCUGCUCUACACUCUGCCUGUUGUACACAGCAGAUUGCAGAAAUGGAAUACACUGGUGCAAAUUCCAUAUUUUUGAGAAUAUUUUUAGAAAAAAAAUACAGUUUUCCAUAUCCUAUUAUUGAUAAUGUUCAUAAACAUUUCAUGAGAUUCGAAAAUGAUGAAAGGCAAAUGCCUGUUUUAUGGCACCAGGCAUUGUUGACAUUUGUACAAAGGUAUAAAUCUGAUAUAACUGUUGAUCAACGAGAUGAAUUAUAUCAAUUGUUGAAAAAACAAUAUCAUCCUUCUAUAUCUCCUGGGAUUGAGAGGGAACUUCACCAUGCCAAAUGCAGGAGUAACGUAUAGGAUUGUGAUAAUUUUAUUGUUGAACAUGAUGGUGGAUUCUAUCGAGUUUAUGGCAAUUGAUUGGCUUGUGAACUGAGCAUAUA